AUGACUUCGGCGUUGCCUACCAUCCAAGAUACGUUCGGCGCUCUCUAUGUGGGAGCUAUACUAGCUGCCGUUUUAUUCGGCAUUACGAAUCUACAAGCUGUCAUGUACUACAAGAGAUACCCCGACGAUUGGUGGCUCUAUCGCUAUUCUACAGGUAGGGAUGCUUUGGUUCGCUCAUUCAUUCGCCUAUCGGGGGGGUGGCGACUAACCUGUGACAGGAUCCUCGAUACUCUACAUGUCGCUUUGAGCACAUAUGCCCUAUAUGUCUUUCUGAUUGAUAUGUACGGGGAUUUACUCCGCGCCCUAGAAACUACUGUGCGGAGCAUGCAGUUGCAGUUGUCUGUCAAUGACAUGCUCGUCGUAUUCGUUCAAUGGGUAUAUGCUAUCCGUCUAUGGAAACGUUCUGGGACGCCAUUUUCACAAAAUUCUCCCACGCUUUGUCGUAAGCACCCCAAUAAAUUCUCCCGCGUCCUACACCCGCUUAUUACUAGCCAGUUUGUCACCGUGACAGCUUCGCUUGGUGCUGGGAUAUUUAUAGUCUAUGAUAUUUUUCAUGUCCCAAAUCUCGCAUCGGCCUCCAUUAUCAAGAGAUCGAUUUACACCUAUUGCUCCACAAUCGCCGCGGCGGAUUUCAUAAUAGCCGCAAUGAUGUGCUAUUACCUGCACAAGAGCAGAGGAGUUACAAUGAUCUCCUCAACGUCCGCCACACUUCUCCGUCUAAUGCGGCUUAUUCUCAUAUCAGGGUUAGCUACCAGUGCAUGCUCUCUAUUUACUCUCAUCGCGUAUAUCGUGUGGCCAGAGUCUCUGAUCUUCCUAGGAAUUCAUUUCGUCCUAUCUAAACUCUACGUCAAUUCCCUGCUUGCUAUGCUGAAUUACCGGCGCGAACACAAAUCGAACAAGGCAAAGUCAGACUAUGAAGUCAAUUCAACCCUCCGGAUCGCACCUCAGAGUUCCCAAGCAACUCCAGAAGAAUCCGCUAUCAUGCCUCCACAGUAUAGCAUAAAUUCAGUAGUCCGAGAUCGAUAUGCCCUUCACAAUGUUUCGCUUUUCUCAAUACAAAAUCGAGACAGGAAACGAAAACAUCGGCGAAGCGAAGUGCCGCCCAAGCACCGAGGCUCGUCGAAAAGCGGAAAAAAAUUCAAUUCGCCUUUCCCCUCGCAAACCACCACUACUGCCCACGAGGACGACUGCUCGACAAUGAAGGAACUAUGGGGACAUAGCAUCCUUCAAUGGAAUAUAUCAGGGUGUGCAUUUUCCGGGGUCGUUAAAGGGCUUUCCUCAUGA